CAGACCCACGGAACCGAGAUGAGCACGCGUCGCAGAUAAGGCGGUUAACUUGUUACUUCCUUUUAACUUCUUUGUUUUUCUUUUUCUCUGGGGAAACUGUUACCACCGAGAAACCAACCAGACAACCAUGUCAUCUUCCAUCUGCCUAUCCGUAUUUCCAACUUCCAAAACCCUAGCUCCGGCACCAUCCAUUUCCAAGAGCUGCGGUUUCAGAUGCUUUCUCGUCGUCUCCGUCUCCGUCUCCAAGGGCCAUCAAAGGGCGAUGGGGAAGAGGCUCCAGGUGAUUUGUAUGGCUCCCGAGGAGGAGAAAUUGACUCGUCGCAAUCCUCUCGAAUUUCCCAUUGAGUGGGAGAGGCCAAAACCUAGUCGUAAACCUGACAUAUUCCCUCAGUUCAGCCCUAUGAAAACACCGUUACCCCCACCAAUGCCAUAUGACCCUCCUGAAGAAGAUGAAGAAGAGGAAGAAAAGAAAGAGGAAGAGGAGGAAGAGGAAGACCCCGACAAGGAAGAAGAAUCCGAUAAUCCUCCGGAAAAGCAGUCCUGAGAAACAAAAGUGUUAGUAUUUUGCUACUGCAAUUUGUUGUAUUAGAUUUCCAGCUGCGAUUACCACUUGCUGCUACUGCCUCAUAUAUGGAGUACAUAUAGAUGUCAUAGUCAUAUAUUUUAGAUCAUGUAGUUGGAUGGUAUCUUCAUAUUCGAGUUGAGGGGAUUGUGCAGGCAUCUAAUAUAGGGAAAUUAGGUCCAUCUUCCUGAUUUAGAGUAUUGUAGUUAACUAGUUUCUGAUAUGAAAUAUACUUCUAGUUG